CCCGGCAUCGCUCUUGAUCCUAACAACCAUCAUCCCCGUCCCCUCGACCCAAACACCACCACCACCACCCAAACCACCCCGCGCGUACUUCCGCGGCUAGAGUUCCACAGCCCCAACCGCAGCCACAGCCACGGUUACCCUCAUCCAACCAGAAGGACUUCACGUGAGUUAAGUUUUGAACCCAUGGCUUGGGAUCUAUCGGUCGAUGAUCUUUCGGAUGAGUCGAGCUUUUAUGGCGAUGAUGACGACGACGACGAAGAGGUCAAGCGGUUAGAACAUCUGGUUACGAGUUACGAUAUCGGCUACUACUGGAACAGGAUCCAUCCGCAUUCGCUGAACAAUAUUCGCCGGAAGGC